UGGUUGCCUACUCAUAUUUUCAACUUAUGAUAAACAGCUUGGUUUUGAUGCAACAGUUCUCAGUAAUUUUGAUUCUGGUAACAGUUUUUUUUCUCAUGGCGAACUAUCGAAUCUCGCCUUACUACUUGAACCUGUCGAGCCUAGUGGCUACUGUUUCUGGGCUAAUCGCCUAUGCAUUUGCCUCACGUUUAUACCAACAACGUGGAAUUAUGUUUUUUUUGGGAUACUCUGUUAAUUUCGCUGGAUACGUCUUCGGCCUGUAUAUAUCAUCCCCAUUGCUGUGCUCGCUGACAGACAUGAUUUCGGAUGGAACUAUCAGUGUUUUGUCAACUUUCUUAUUGAUUGUGCACUUGAUUUUCCAAGACUAUGCAUACCUCAAUUAUCCAUCUACCAGCUAUGAACGACAACUGCCGAUUAACGAAGAUGUGAGGAGAACAGGAAUUGGACAGAGCUCAUUGGAUUUAUAUUCAAAAGUAUUGCAGUCGAAUCAAUUCAAUCAUCUCAAUUCAUAUCUUUCUUCAAUAACAGGCACCUGUCAAACACUCAAAUUCUCGACUCGGCUUACUAAUAGCAAUAAUAGCAAUUCUCCUUCCUUCUUGAAAUACCGCGCGCCUGUAUCACUCAAUGCAGCUACAUUAGCCUCACUCAUGCUGGCAUCUCGCCUUAGAACCCAUACUCAAUCGUUUUCUAUUCUUGUGCUUUCUAUCAUCUUAUUCGCUUUGGUUCCUAUCUUUACCCAUCAUAUGCGUCAAUAUUGUAGUUACGGGAAAAUCAUCAUUCCUAUCUUCCUCAGCGUUCUGGCCACAUUCCUAUGUUACGCACUCUCUAACACUCUGACAUUAAUUUUCCUCUUCAUUGGUAUCUUCACCAUCUUCGUUUCACCUCUGUGUAUGAAGUGGAUGCAACACUACAAAAACGAAAUUCGUGGACCUUGGGAUGAAGCCAUCCCCAGUACGCGACUGUAAUGCCUACCCAAAAAUAUAUUGAAUAAAGGAUAUACGAAAGAUUGAAAAGUUGUGCAAUGCACACAGGUAACACACGUACAUUUGAGACGUUGUCUUACAAAGAUGCUCAGCA